GUUCACUGUAGAAACAUCUCACUGUUCAACGUUUAGUUAUUGUUUAUAAUUAUUAAAUUUUAAAAAUGCCUAAAGUACGAAGAAGCAAGAAGCCUCCACCAGAUGGUUGGGAACUUAUAGAACCUACUCUAGAAGAAUUAGAGCAGAAGAUGAGAGAAGCCGAAACCGAACCCCACGAGGGUAAAAGAAAAGUUGAAUCUUUGUGGCCAAUUUUUAAAAUUCAUCACCAGAAAUCGCGAUAUAUAUAUGAUUUAUAUUAUCGGAGGAAAGCCAUAAGUAAAGAAUUGUAUGAGCAUUGUCUCAAUGAAAAUAUUGCUGAUAAAAAUUUGAUAGCCAAAUGGAAAAAACAAGGCUACGAAAGUCUUUGCUGUUUAAGGUGCAUUCAAACCAGAGACACAAAUUUUGGAACAAGUUGCAUAUGCCGGGUCCCAAAGGCCAAGCUCGAAGAGGGUAAGAUUGUGGAAUGCAUCCACUGUGGCUGUCGAGGAUGCUCUGGAUAACUGUUUCCACCUCCAACAAUGUAUAUAAUUAUCACUCUGUAUAUACUAUUUAACAAUAUAAACCAAAUCACUUCUCUAGUAUAAGAAUUUUAUACAAAUUAAAUAUAAAAUGGUCUAGUUUUUUCUUUUCUUAUUAUUUUGAAUCUUGAUGACCUUGUAUAGUAAUUUUAAGAAUGAGUAUCAUAAUUAAAG